AUGGGUUCUAGCACCGCACUGAUCAGAAACUAUGCAAGCUUGAACGACCAUGAUCAUGAUGAUGAUUUGGGAGUUGAUGAACUCAUGGGAUCCAACGGUGCCAUUCUCAUGUCCUUAUUGGAAGAACUUCAAGAGGAAGAUCGAGAUGAGGAGAGGUUGAAUAUUGUGAUUCAAUCUCUGGAGGCAGAAUUAGUCAACAUUCCAAGCACAAUGGACUCCGAAUCGACAGUCCAAGAUGUGGAAGAUGGUAACUUGUGGAACGUUGUAGGAGGCUUGGAUGGUCAGGAAUGCUCAGUGUCAUCAUCAGUUGAUUUUGAUCGGGUGGGAUGGUUUGAUGUGGAUCAGGUGGCUUGCUCACCAAGCGAUGACAUGAAUUGGUAUAUGGAUUCUUCUUGUUGUGAGUAUGAGAUGGAUUGUCCAGCUGCUGAUUCUGAAUGGAUUGAUGACUAUUAUUGUCAUGUUAGUUAUGGAGUUGGGUUAGAGGAGCUUGCGUACAGCUCUUUAUGGCAGGAAAAUGCAUAUGAUUCAAUCAUGUAUGACUGA